AUGUCGCAAUCCGAGGACUUCUAUCAGAAAUUGAAUUCGAGGCCGAGGCAGAUUCGUCUUCUCACCAUAGAGCCGGGUAAAUGGACAAGGGCUAUCCAGUGCACAUUGAGACAAACCUCGUUAUCCAGUGCAGGACAAUAUGAAACUCUCUCUUAUGCCUGGGGAGACCCAGCUGUCACCAAGACCAUUAUUGUAGAUAAGAAGCCCUUCCAAGUCACGGUAAACCUUGCAUCGGCACUCCGUCAUCUCCGCCGUGACACUCCUCGUACGAUGUGGAUUGACGCCAUAUGCAUCAACCAAAUGGAUUUGGAAGAGCGCGCUUCGCAAGUGAGCUUUAUGCGCGAUAUCUACCAGCGAAGUGUCUCGACAGUUAUAUGGCUUGGUGAGGGCGAUGAUCGCGUCAAGUCAUCAUUCAAGCUUGCUCGAAGAUUUCGCCAGAAAAAUCGCGAAGAUCGACCGUGGCAUCCAAAGAGCAUUCUGCUUCUUCACAAACUAAUCGGAAACAAACAUGGGUAUCGAAGCUUAGAAUUUCUGACUACUGAGGUGCUGAUGCGACCUUGGUGGACCAGAGCAUGGGUACUGCAAGAAGCCGUGGUAUCGAAACGUCCAAUAAUCAAAUUUGGACAUGAGGAAAUCGAGUGGUACUACUUGUGGUGGCUUGCCAGUGGCCUUGUGGGUGGCAUGAACUCGCGCUUCUUGUCUGCUCCAGAGUCCGCUGGAACGUUAAAGGAAGUACUUAAAAUUCAGAAAAUGAGAGUUGCGCUCAAGCAAAAACGCCAAAUUCCGCUUGCACAGCUGGUUGCUUGGAAUAGACGGCAGCGGUCUACAGAUGCCAGGGAUAAGAUAUUCAGCCUUCUGGGCUUAGUGUCGGACACACCUGUGUACUGUCUAAGACCUAAUUAUUCCGCGAGCAAUAAGCUGGUGAAUGUGUGUCUUGGCCUUGUGGAGCAGUCUAUCGGAGAGGGAAGUCUGAAUAUUAUCUGUAUGUGCCAGGGAAGCGAGAAGCCCAACUGGCCAUCUUGGGUACCUGAUUGGGAUGUUCACUCAAGUCAGAACGCUGAGAUUGCAUACCCCUUGAUAAGCUCCUUGGCUGAUCAAGGCAGAACAGAUAUAGCUGGUUGGAACAAUGGACCUUUAAGUUCUGACUACGAUGCAUCUCGGUCACUGGCGCCCAAGUACAACUUACUUCGGAGCCCACUGGCUUUAAGAGUGGCGGGUGUUUGUGUCGACACCAUUCAUCGACUGGCGGAUACUAAUCAUCCGGAUAAACGCAAGCAAUGGUGUUCAAAAAGGCCGGAUCCAUGGGAGAACCUCCUAUUGUCGUAUUUUCGAUGCCCGUCCAUCAUCAGACAAGUUUCAAACUGGAGAUAUGUGGGCAAAGAAAGGAGGCCGUGGGCAAGAAAUGUGCUUUUAUAUGCGAAGGAGACUUAUCAAGAUGUGCGCGCGUAUGUUAACCCGGACGAUGAGUUUAUCUUAGAAUGGUCCAGGUUGAUGCAUGAAGUAAAGAGAUCGGGAUACGAGUGUGGAUACGUCAGCGGUGGCUCGUUCGCGAACGCAUACUUUCGGACACUGAUUACCGAUGUAAUGUUCACCGGUAAUAGAAGAAAGGGUGUCUUUGACCCACUAUAUGCUGAUCUUCAAGCUGGGAGUGCUGUUGGAAGAGGCGAUAAGAACACUGGAUUCGAGGAUACUGGCGAUUGUCUUAACGGAGAUGUGGGAAGAAGCUACGUAUUCGCGAUAACUUGCGUAUCCACCAUCAAGCGGGCAACCUCAUAUCGUCGACUGAUGAUCUCUUCGAAAAGGUACAUAGGCCUGGUACCAGCAAAGGCUCAAGAAGGAGACCUCAUAUGCGUUCUCUUCGGUUGUUCCGUUCCUGUUAUCCUACGCAAGCAAGGGGAUAACUAUACCUUCAUUGGGGAGAGUUAUGUACAUGGGAUUAUGGACGGCGAGGCAAUCGAGAUGAUGCAUGAGGGGUCCUUGGUGGAAGAGAAGUUUACUCUGAUAUAA